AAAAAGCAAAAUGGACGAAGUGGCAGAUCUACGGCAUAUGUUAUUGAGUUUUCGCGUCUCAGAACUACAAUCAUUGCUUGUUUUUGCGGGACGGUCAAAAACGGGAAGAAAACAUGAACUUAUGGGUCGAGCGCUCCAAAUGUUGAAAAGCGAAGGAAAUCAUCAUGUUAGAAAGAAACUACGGGAAUUGUAUGAGAGAAGAUGUCCUCGGAAAAUGGUUUUACCCCCAGCUCCACCUCGACCGCCAAUACCACCGCCAGUUCAACGAUCUCCGCAACUACCAAGUGUAAAUUCGGACACAACCGGUGUUCCCGUACACCCUGACGUUCGACUUUCACAUCUACCGUUCUUUGAACAAAUCGACGACUUAGUGCGACCAACAAGCUUAGUUCUUAGAAGUGAGUUGUCACACUUUCAAGAAGCAUAUGUUAUGUUUCAUUUAACUCCAAGCCAAGUGCAACUUAUAAGUAGUUCAAGGGAUACGCGGCCAAAUUCUAGGAAUGAGUACACAGUUCAAGUUCAAUUAAGAUUUUGCCUAUUCGAAACAAGUUGUGUACAAGAGGACAACUUUCCGUCUUCACUGUGUGUCAAAGUGAAUGGAAAAAUGUGUCAGAUCAAUACAGGUCACACAUCACAGAAUUGCAAUCCUAAUGCCGAAUCAAAACGACCCAGUAAGCCAGUUAACAUAACACCAUUGUGUCGUCUAUCGUCAACUGUACCAAAUCACAUUCAUGUUACAUGGACACCAAAAUUUGGUCAGAGGCAUGUGGUAACGGUAAAACUUGUUCAAGCUGUCACCUCGAGCUGCUUGAUACAGAGAUUGAAGAACAAUGGUUACAGAAAUCCAGACCAUUCAAGGGCAUUAAUUAAGGAAAAGUUGGCCCACGAUCCAGAGAGUGAAGUUGCCACAACAAGUCUUCGAGUUUCUCUACUUUGUCCACUUGGGAAGACACGAAUGACACUUCCUUGCAGGGCCAUCACAUGCAAUCAUUUACAAUGCUUUGAUGCAGCCCUGUAUUUGCAGAUGAAUGAAAGGAAAACAACAUGGAUCUGUCCAGUUUGUGAUAAGAAGGCACCAUUUGAUAAACUUGUAUUAGAUGGAUUGUUCAGAGAGAUUCUGGAAGCAGCUGUUAAUUGUAAUGAGAUUUCAUUUCAUGAAGAUGGUUCCUGGAGACCAAUAAAUGACUUGCAAGAACAUGAAAGCAAGAAAGCUAUUAGUGCACUGAUAUCCAGUGCAGUUGUGUCAACACCAGAAAAAGGUGUCUCAGCUAGCAAACUGCAUCUUCAGGGGGAGACAAAGGAAGUUGACAACAAGAAGGAUAAAGAGUUUGAGGUUAUAGACCUCACUCUAGACAGUGAUUCAGAAAGUGAAAAGGAUACAAAAGACAAUGACGAUGAUGAAGAAAGCGACAAUGAUCGCGAUUUGAACACACCCAGGCCACCCUAUGGUGUUAUUAGCACUGCACCUGGACCUGGUGGAGUUAAGGCGCCUCCCGGUUUGAACCCAAUGGUGUUAACAAACAGCACAAGCACAAUACCUGGAACAUCAACCUCGGCACUGCUGAAUCCCAACUUUUUCUCUCCACUGGACUUUCCAUGCCCAGCACUUGAUCUCGACAGUAUGUAUCCUCUUUUUUCUCCCAACGAAACUUAUCCAAUGUAUCAUCAACUUCUUGGCCCCCACGGAUCGUCAAAUGUGAUUCAGCUGGAUUAACAGCAGCAAACUAAAUCGAAGAAAGAGCAGAUGGAUAUUAUGUAUUUUACUGUGUAGAGACAAACCAAGGAUAAGCCCUGUUAAGUAACCAGUGACGGUUAAAGCACAAGAUCAUUAUCUUCUCAUCCCACGGCUGCCAUCAGUGAAGCAGUUCAAUCACAAUCUGUCCAAGUCGUGGAUGUUUGCUCAAGUUCUUAAGAAACCAUCCCUUACUCUAUCCUAACCUCACCAUUACGGUGUCUCUCUUUGAUCAGAUAAGUUGAUGCAAAUCCCAAACCAAAGUAAAAAGAUAUGGAAACCUAUUUAGUGCUACACCUUCCCAUUCAGUAAUUUUCGACAAGUUCAAAACUAAAUUUGGAAAUGCGGUCUGUUAUGGGCAUGAGGCUAUCAGCCCCUUGCUGAGAAGGAACAUUGAUAUUAGCAAUUCAUCGUGUAAGAUUUAAUACGGGCCCGUCGGCAACGACGGAAAUCUUAAGAGACUUUUUCACAAGCAGUGUUAAACUUAAUACCAACGUGAAGUUAAAUACGUCUUCCAGGCUGUAAUAAGAUUUAAAAAAUCAGACGGUUUCCCUCGUGGAGAAUAGGGAUACGGUUAGAGAUGGAAGCUAAUAUAUUUGUUACUUAUAAAUCCUCUAUGCUUGCUGUUAUUGAUCUACACCAUUUUUUAACAAGCUUGUUUCCUGUUACUAAGAAAAGCGCACAAAUUGUAUAUUGUCAGGAAGAAGUAUUAAGAUAAUGAAAGCUAUUUAUAUUUUCUCCGAGAAGUUUAGUUUUAUGCUGUAAGUACAUGGAUUGAAGGUUUAUAAUGAUAUUAAGAUGCACGAGAUUUCACUGUUAGUUAAAUGUGCAUUUUUCUGGAGAUGUCUUUUUUGUCUAAAUGCGUUAAUUACGCGUGAACCUGUUCAAAUAAAUUAUUGUACGUGCAA